UUCCGCCUUUCUGGUGUGGCGGGUGAUAAAUCGAAUAUUAUCUACAAAAUUUCUACACCCUGAAAAAAUCACACACAGUCAUGGGGAAUCUCUAUGCUCUGGAUUUUGAUGGAGUGCUCUGCGACAGCUGCGGAGAGAGCUCGCUUUCAGCCGUCAAGGCUGCUAAAGUAAGAUGGCCAAAUCUAUUCAAUGGCGUGGACUCACAGUUAGAGGAUUGGAUCGUUGAUCAGAUGCAUACAAUUCGACCAGUGGUAGAAACUGGAUACGAAAAUUUAUUACUCGUGAGAUUGUUGUUGGAGACAAAGAUUCCCUCAAUUCGGAAGUCCUCAGUUGCAGACGGACUCACGAUCGAGGGAAUAUUGGAGAACUGGACGACUAUAAAGCCCGUGAUCAUGGCAGAGUGGGAUGAGAACGACAGAGAUGUCCUAAUAGAUCUUUUUGGAAAGGUUAGGGAUGAAUGGAUGGAUAGGGAUUUCCAGACAUGGAUUGGUGCAAAUAGAUUUUAUCCAGGUGUUCCAGAUGCCUUGAAGUUUUCUAGUUCCAAGCUCUACAUCGUCACAACGAAGCAGGGUCGCUUUGCAGAUGCUCUACUUCGAGAGCUUGCUGGAGUUGCUAUUCCGCCUGAAAGAAUCUACGGGUUGGGAACCGGCCCUAAAGUAAAAGUUCUUAAGCAGCUUCAAGAGAUGCCGGAAAACCAGGGUCUAAACCUACACUUUGUUGAAGAUCGAUUUGCAACUCUGAAGAAUGUCAUCAAAGAGCCCGAGUUGAACAAAUGGAACCUAUAUUUAGGGGAUUGGGGUUAUAACACUCAAAAAGAGCGAGACGAAGCUGCAAGAAUCUCCAGAAUUCGACUUCUUCAGCUGUCGGACUUCAGCAAUAAGCUCAAGUGAUCUGAUCUUCUUUUGGGAACAAGUCAAUUAAUGACACAAACAGAGGAAAGUGUAAUAAAAAUUGAGAAUGUAAACAUUUUACAAGGCAGGGAAGAUGAAAUGAGUCAUAUAUGGUCAGUAGAAAUAACGAGAAUAUUCACUCAUCUAGUAGGAGAGCUGUUAAGGGACAGCAGUAGUUCUCUGUUGCUAAAGCUCGUGAUGCCUCUCGUCGUUCAUGGUGUUGGCAUCGGAGCUUUUAGCCUUCUCCAUCUGGAGCUUGUGAAAAACUUCAUCGAACGUAGGAUCUCCCGGUCUUCUGAAGAGCUGGUCGCCUAUCUUGAUCUCAUAAGCCUCCGGUUGGCUCAACAGGUAUUCUUUUAACUAGACAUUGCAAAACCAAGAAACUGUAGAUGAACUCCACAAGUAAUGAGAAAUUCCCUAUACAGUUUGUGAAGAA